AUGGAGGAGCUUGUCCACGGCACUGCAGAAGAAAAUCCCAGCAUGGGACAAGGCUUGCUCAAGCGCCUUCUCUCCAACCCUCGCCAAGAUAAAGUAGGCCAAUAUCUCGAAAAACAGAGCGAGAAACCCACGCUGCAGCCUCUGUGUCCAUUCGAAGCCGGUGGAUUUGACUCGCCCAGCUUCUGCUAUCAGACAUCCUUUGCUGCGGCCGAGUUAACCAAGGGCCAGUUUCUCGCUGGGACGGCUCGCACCGAGCUUGUAGGCUGCACAGUCUUGGCCGUGGUUUCUGCUCGCGCCGUGUAUAUUGUCAGACGUGCCCUCGGAUUCCCAUGCCAUUGUCACUUUUGGGAAGACAUUCACUACGCAUCACGGAGGCACCUGCGUGGUGCGUAUGGAUUCCAGCCGGUUCUCAACAUGAUCAGAGGCGAAGGCAACACGACAUAUACAGCUGGACCGGCUCUCGACAGGUCUCUCUUCACCGGUCCGGAUGACCACACACGGGCGUUUAUCAUGACGCCGCGCAACCGAUCCACCGUCAACGACGAACUCUCGCAGCAGUAUCCGGCAGAAUACAAAAGCUUGGUCGAGCUGCUCCAGAGAGUAGUACCCGGCGUUGGCAUCACCAAAUACAACUAUAAUCCCCAACGAGAGAAUGACAAACCUAAUGCGGGCGUGAAGGAGAAGAAACCAUUCUGGAAGGGUGUUGCGCUUUUUGAGUAUGAUCGCAACGCCGACGGCAAGCAGCACCCGGAUUGGAGACUGUGGCUGGGGCAGACGAGCUUUAGGGGUAGCAACCUCGGGUUGCAGGUUGCUUGA